AUGCUUAAAGAGAAGGGUGCAUGUUGGUCCUUUUUGAAGACUGGGCAUCGUCGGGAAGCCAGCGUUUCUGUAACAGCAAGUUCUUGCAGCGUUCCUUUGAGCAACACAUGUCCUCUUCUACAUCAAAGAAAUAGAACAAGAAGAGGCUGGCCCAACGUUAUGUGGGACAAUGCAGCAUCAUCAAGUUUUAUCACCAACAGCAAGGCUAAAGUAGAGAUGUUAGAUGGCACGAAAGUAGAAAUAUCUAUAGUCAAAGUUGGAGGCAUGAGUGAAACAAUUAACUGGUACCUUUUCCCGCUGAUUGACUCUCAGGGGCAAGUCGUACAGUUCGAGGUUUAUGGUAUGAAAGUAAAAACGGCGGACAUUCAAAGUGUGAGCGUCAAUAACGUUGGUCAUCUUUUUAAGGAUGUUACACUCGAAGAGAUCAGAAGACCAACACAGGUAGUGUGGACGUACUAAUAGGAAAUGGAUACGCCGGAUACCGCCACAUGCAGGAACAGAGGUCAGGUCAUUUACUGUUGAGAAACCGAUUCGGACGAUGUCUCGGCGGCGCUCACGCGGACUUAAAGGAUGCAAAUCACGCGAUGAGAAUGCUCUCGUACACCGCAUAGCUGAAGUAAAGAUUGAAGACUUCUAUAAUAUUGACAACUUCGGGGUGGAGUAUACACGUCGCUGUGGGGGUUGUAAACGCGGAAAAUGAAGUUCAAUAGCCUUGAACGUAGAUGGAUGACUCCAUAUUCAUGGACAAGAGACCCGGCUGAUCUUCCAGACAAUAGAAUGGCCGCGUUCGGAAUGCUAUUGUCCACAGAGGGCUUGCCAGGAAUACUGACCAUGCACCAGUAUAUCAAGAGCAGAUACAAGAUAUGAUAGACAGGCGCUGUUCGCCCGAAAGCCAACAGAGAGCGAAUUAGAAACCAAUGACUGGCCCACCUAUUAUGUUUCACAUCAUGAAGUAGCGAAUCCGGAUUCAAAGUCUACACCAGUGAGAAUAGUCCUCAACAGUAGUGCCAAAUACAUGGGUCACACGUUAAAUGAAUAUUGAGCCAAGGGACUGGAGCUAGUGAACAGCCUUCUGGGUGUGCUGAUAAGAUUUAGAGAACAUGAGGUGACGCUGAUCGGCGACAUAAAAGAAAAUGUACCAUUCCGUGGAAACCACCCAGCUCGAACAGUACACGCAUCGGGACGACAGGAAAGAACUAGACACUUGCGUCAUACAGUGGUUCUCAAUUGGUGAUAGACCGUCGGGAACCAACGCCACAGUAGCAUUGAGAAAAACGGCCGAAAUGGCACAAGAGAAGUACCCUCAAGAAGCCAAAACCAUUAUUGAUUAAAGAAAACACCUACAUGGACGACAUGAUCAGGGUGUUGGUGCUAGGAAGAGGGCCGAAAGCGUAACACAGAACAUAGAGAAGCUGGUCGACAUAGGAGGAUUCAAGAUUAAAGGCUGCAUCAUCAUCUGCACCAUCAGUCUGUUGGAGACCCGUUGA